GACGGGAACCACGGGCGCCAUGGCGCUCCGCCUUCGUUCUUUCAGCAAGAGGGGCGCAGAUGCCUGGCCCCGCCCUGCGUCAAAAAUUUUCUCCCUUGCGCCUCUGGCGUUUUUCUUUCCCCCCCGUCCACUCGUUCACCCUCCCACUGCGCGACAUAAGUUGCGGCCUUGUAGCUGUUAAGCAGAAACUGUUCUUCUCAUUGCAAGAAUUUUCUACGCUUUUUUACCACGUUUUCCUAUUCUCGCAAUUAUCCGUUUUAACUUUCAGUGCUUUAUUUCCGCUACACAGAAUCUUCGCUCUACAGGUGCUGCUAUUUGGUAUUUUCCCCUACGCUCUGGUAGGUGGUGUUUAUGUUUUUUCCCGUACUAUGUGUAGGAGGUUCUUGUUUUAUCUUUUUCAGCUUGUCGGGACGGUGCAGCGGCGACAUGACCACCUUCUCCCAAAGUUUAGUUCCAAAGCUAUACGACCGAGACCUAUAUUAAUAUUUCGUUCACACAAGAAGUACUCGGACGGAGCAGCUAUUCAGGUUGUUUCUGGGAUUUUUUUUUUGAUAAAAGCCCUUGGCAGCAACUGUAACUGGUGCGAAAUAACGCAGCUACGUGGACCGUCAUAUCUCAUCAUAAACCGACUCGACUACAGGUGGUACAGGUAGUGCAGCUUCAUCACGACGUAUAAAAUAUUUGGAAGAUAGCAGGCAGAAAUAGAAACAUCUUCUUCUUCCUCGGGAACACUGGCACUGCUGUCAUGGCAGGUGAGCUACUAGUUCUCGAUGGACUCAGUAGUUGCUCUUGUUUCACUAAGUUCUUCUUUUUUACCGGCCAUAAAAGUAGCAACCAAAAAUGACCACUUCCUGACGUAAUCUUAAACCAAUCAGACAAGAAGGAACUCUGACCAUCUCACUUCGACGCUCAUCUACAAUUACAUUUCCGCAAAAUACAACAUCCAAGGUCCAGAAAGCAAUAUGUUGAUAUUAAGUUCUUACCAGACCGCCACUUCCCGGACGAUGGGUUCGUCCCUUCUAAGUGGCGAAAGAUAAUGAUAUACAGUCUUCUUUUUCGAGAACUUGUUGAACUGUUUCUGUUGCAAAAUGAACAAAAAUUGAACUGCAGUGCGCUCAGAAUCGAAAUUCAAAUUUCCAUACCACAAUAAAUGCACCACAU